AUGCCCCAAGCCAAGCGGCAGUGUGUCCAAGUCCCCCGAGAGACCGCUGCUGAUACGAAGUCGCCACUCACUAUCGAGAACUUGCACGAUGGUGAAACCGUCCAUGAGAGAUGCAUUAUCAUAAAGGGAUACUACACCACUACUAUGCCUUGGAACGACUUUAUAACAAUCUCAUCAUCCGACGGCAACACCAAGACAUUCCCGUCCCAAACCUGGCCGCUCGUCGCCUCCUGCUUCAAAGCCAUGGCCCUCCUCUCCCCCGGCAGAAACAUCCUCACAAUCACCCGCUGUUCCACUGACACCGAGAACCCUGCCCCCUCAACCCUUACCCUCAACUACAUCCCUCUCCUCCAGACGCCCCCCUUGCACCUCGCAAUCAUGAUUGCCAAAGACUCUCCCCUCCUCAUUGACUGCCCGCCCUCCAAAUACGGCCCCUUGUCAACGGCGCACUCCUCCCUCGACGCCGCUGUCGCCAAGAUGCGUAUGGCAGCCUACAUGUGGCAGGCUUUCACCGCCGAGGAUAUGCGCAUGAAGGGUCUCGGCCGGCGAUCUUUCCGCCUCGAGGAGGAGUUCGCCGCCGAUACGACCAGCCAAGUCUUCAUGUCCUCUUACGAUGACUCGUCGGCGAUCAUGCGGUCCACUGCAAAGGUGCACAUCGUCCGUUCCAGCAGGACCGUCGCCGAGCUCCGUGACGCAGAUGUCGCUCAGCAGAAUGAGGCGGGGCGCAACAGGAACAAGUUAUUCGACUACUUCCUUGACGCCCUGGCGUCCUACGGCGGGCCUUUUGAGACCUCCUUACGCCCCGUCGUCGCGGGUAUGCUUCUUGACUCCCACUUCUCCACAAAGCAGCAUAUGAUUCUCGGGCACGCCGCACUGGGAUGCCACAACCCCGAAGGCGUUUCGCUCGGCAUAAUGGGCAGCCACCUGGCCUACUCGUUCCCGCGCUUCCUCGAGGAAGUGGUGGAGUGCCUGCUGGAUACGCGUGCACCCGGGCGGACGGUGGGCAACGACAACGAUGAAUGCCACUCGUUCUGGGAGGCAUGCUGCGUCGGACAGGGUGCGUUUCUGCACGAGGUCGGGCACGCGUUCGGGGCGCCACAUACCACGGGAAUCAUGGCUCGAGGGUACUCGCGGCAUUGGGCGCGGAACUUCUUAGCGAAAACGGCGCAGGCGGCCCAUGAACGUGAGGAAGAGGCCUGGCUCGUCAACGGCGACGCGAACGCACAGAAUGAUGCGACGUGGGAUCUGAGGGAUGCGCUCUCUUUCCGGAUGCUACCUCACUUUUGGAUGCCGGGAGACAAGAAGGUUGCGGCGGAGGCCAGAGCGAGUGCGCCUUUUGUGUCAGUGGUGAAUCCGGAGAGUGAUACGGAUGACGCCGGAAUCGAGAUUUAUUGCGCGGCGGGAAUUGCGACGAUCAGUUUUAACGGGGAACUGGAGGAGGAGCCUCAUGUGGCGGAGCCGUACAAAAAAGUGGUUUUUGGCCGCAAGGAGUUGGAAGGGAGAUUCGACCCGGAGGAGGAGUUGAAGGUUUACGUGCUGGGGAUGAAUGGAAAGACCAAGACGGUACGGAACCUGUGGAAGGCGUUUGCCACGGAGCACAUCCGUAUCCCUGGGUCGGACAUCGUGUUGCGCAAGAGGUCUGUGACGAGCAAAGAUCUGGAGGAGUCGGAUGAGGGUGACGACAAAUUUUGGAGCUGGGCGACGUUGCUCACGAGGAAGGACACUGACGGCAACGUCCUGCGUGCGUCGAACAUUGACGUACGGACGGGGUGCAUCCUUGAUGGCGCGUACGUUGAGUUUCCCGACGGCACCAAGGUCAACUGCGGACCCAGAAUCAGCAGUUGGGGAAGGGGUGGUACCAAGCAUGAGUUUGGUGGGCACGCAGCCGAGAACGUGCGGAUGCCCAAUGGCAAGGAGAUCGUCAGCGUUGAAGUUGCGAGGGGAAGCCACAUUCUGUAUGGGAUGAGGAUUCACUUUGAGAACGGGACGGCUGGCGGCGCGCUCUCGGGGUAUACGGAUGAGCCGCGAGAGGAGACCCUGGCACUGGAAGUUCAGGCUGGCGAUAGAAUCGUUGGGUUCUAUGGGCGCAGUUGGUGGGGAAAGCAUUUUGAUGGACUUGUCGAGUUUGGCAUAAUUACCGCACCGAAGGGCGUUGAUUUACCGGACCAAGUCUACAAGAUGAAGGAGUUACAAAAUACUGAUGGCGGUCAAAGUGUGAGCAUCACCGGUCGCGGCUUUUGGAGAGAACUUGACACUGACACAAGCUAG